AUGACUUUUGAACAGUACAAGCGCAACCGCGACAGAGCCGACACCUUCAUGGAACAGAUGAUGAAUGGUGCCUCCAACCAUGAAAUUCUGGCUGAAGGCUUAGGUGAGGGACGUGAGAGAUUUUCGGACCAUGUUUAUGAAUUGCCUAAGGAUCAAAUGACCAAAUCUAGCCUUCCCGAUGUCGCCAAUUACAAACUUCAACUUCAUGCAUCGUUCGACAAGCCAGACCCAAAUGCCGACUAUUCGGAUCAUUCCAAUGUCUAUCUUGUCGGAAGACCGAAUAGAUGGGCACGUGGAUUGAGCCGGACGCCAAAACCCUGCCACUGGUCUAUCUACACCGGGGGCCAUGCCUAUCAUCUCAAGUCGGCGGACGGGAAUCAGGGAUUGUCGAUAGUACUUCGCGAUGAUUCUAGCUCGGAUUGGAAGAAACCACCAGGGCCUAUAGUUGACCCUUUCAUUGCAUACCAUAUUGGGAUCACGGAUUACCACGAAAAGCAGAUAUCCCUACUUGCCAAAUGGGUGGUCAAACAAUUGGAUCACCAUGACCUCUCUACGGCGGCCUAUGAGCAGUUUGCAUUUGGGCUUGGAGUUCGUAUCCUUCGUGGUCCCAGCCACACCAAAGCUCUUUUCGGAGAUUUUUUACAAAUCAUGCAGCAUGACAUUGAACCAGCUAUUCCUAGUGGAUUUCUCACUGGCGUACUGCUUGCGGAUCUCGACGAAGAUAUCAGCACUUGGGCCAAGAGGUGCUAUUUAAUCUAUCGAAUUGAGACUGAUGCACGAGGACUUGAUCUCUGCUGGAAAAGAGGGAUACAAGGCAAAGUCCGUUGGAACACCCACGAAUACCAUCCUUUCAUUAGGCCUUUAGUUGUAGGGCCGCCCGCCAUUGCGAAGGUUCUCACGAAAGUGGGACAGCGCAUUCCGGUACUGUAA